GUGACCCCCGACCUUCUGUGACCAUGGCCACUACUGCGGAGCUCAUGCGGAUAUGUGCCCCGUUGUACCCGUCCAUCGCCCUAGAGAGUGCGGCGAACUUCGGGCUGUUUCUAUUCUUCUCGUAUCUGUCCAUCCUCAUCUCCACGAAGCAGCAGGUGAAGACGCCCGCGAGGGCGAUUUGUCGGAUGCUAUGGAGCAGCCUGAAGGAGUGGGCGGAGGACACCUGGAGGGUCUUGCGCAGGUGGCCUCACAUGCACGAGAUGGAGCUCGGCCAACGCUUCCGCUAUUGCCGGAGGCUCAACGCGACCAUUUGUCGAUUGUCGGCUGGCAUUGCGCUCAUUACGAUCACCCGUUGGUUCCACAUCAACAACGUGAACGGUUUCCGCUACCUCGGGUAUGCCCUCACUUGCCCCCUGAUGCAGGCCGAGCUCGUGCUGCUCAUCGCGCCGCACAUCCCGUGCUACAGGCUGUUGGCGGUCUUCUCGUGCCUCAUCACUUUCGGCAUGCUACUCACCGGCUACGUUGCGUCUCAGUUCGAGGGGCCGAUGUGGAAGAACGAUUUUGAAACCUUCUAUGACGAAGCCCUGGAAGGUAACCUCGAGAGUCUGACCACAAAGGGCUGGUGGUUGAUGCCGAGCACGGUGAUUUUGUGUUUCCUCUCUUUUGUGCAGAUCCCAAUUCUUGGCCUUGUGUACUAUUGCAGCGGCGGCUCGAAGAAUGAAGACCUGCCGAAAGGCUACCCUAAGCUCCUGAUGAUCACGUCUCUCUCUUGGUUGGGCUUCCCCGUCUGGUGGUACUUGUCGUACGAAGGGGCAAGCAUUAUCACGGAGUCUAGGUGGAAUGCCGUAGGUUUUGUGUGCCUGAACAUGACCAGCAAGGGCGGUUUCACUUUGCAGAUGCUCAGCAUGGUCAAGGCGUGGAAGCGCCAGCAGGCCCAGAAGCCAAAGCCCCCCCCGGUGUCUGCCAGCGCGGUGCCGAAGCUCCAGCUUCCCAUGGGCGGGGUGCCGAACGGCCGAAGGGGCAGCAACGCGACGCUGCCCGACCUGGACCCCCCUGCGGUGCGGGAGGCCCCCGCGGUGCGAAACGCCAAGAGGAACCAGACGGGGCAGUCGCUGCAGUGGUUCGUCGACGCCAUGAAGAAGUGGGAGCCCGAGGAGGCGAACCCCCCGACCUCGACCGCGCAGGAGGCGGACAAGGGCCCCCCCGGCGAGGUCGAGACGGUGGUGAUCACGGACCCGCGCCAGCUGGACGACGAGCAGCUCAUGCGGGAGCUGGGGAAGCGCCUGGCCGCGCACGGCGCGUGCGGCAAGGGGACGCCGAGGACGUCGCUGAACGCCUCCAUCCGCAAGGCGUGCACCAAGAUCCUCGAGGCCGACGAGAGCGACGACGACGAGUGA